AUGACAAUGGCCGACACCAAGGCUGCGGCUGCGUCUGGCGCCGAUCCAACGGGCCAGGCACUGCGUCAGCGCAAUGUUCCUGCCUCGAACACACCCUACGCGCAACAGUACGAACUCGACGAGAAGAAGAUCCAUGGAAAGAAGAAGGAAUCCUCGUUCCUCGAUAUCCUCGACGAAUGGGAGUUUAUCAUUGCGCCCUUGAUCUUUACAGCCUUCGCUUUCUUCACUCGACUCUACAAGAUUGGCCUGAGUCCAAUCGUCACCUGGGAUGAAGCACAUUUCGGCAAAUUCGGCUCGCAUUACAUCAAGAGAGAACUAUUCUUCGACGUGCACCCUCCGCUUGGCAAGAUCUUGGUAGGUGUCUCCGGCGUCUUGGCUGGUUACAAUGGCACCUUCGAGUUCAAGUCCGGCGAGACUUACCCCGAAGAGCUUAACUACACCUUCAUGCGAGCCUUCAACGCCUUCUGGGGCAUUCUGUGUGUCCCAUUGGCCUAUUACACUGCCCGCGAACUGAACUUGAGACGCCCCGCUGUCUGGCUGGUCACUCUGAUGGUUCUGUGCGAGAACUCGUACACUACUAUCAGCCGAUUCAUCCUGCUUGACUCUAUGCUUCUGUUUGGAACUGUUGCCACUGUCUUCUGCUGGUCCAAGUUCCACCGUCUUCAAAGGGAGAGUUUCGAGCCUGAAUGGUUCUUCUGGCUCUUUAUGACUGGUCUCAGCUUGGGUUUCGUCUGUAGCAUCAAGCUUGUAGGACUAUUUGUCACCGCUCUUGUUGGUCUGUAUACCAUUGAGGAUCUAUGGAACAAGUUUGGAGACAUCAAGAUGCCAGUUCCGGAACUUGCAGCUCAUGUGGGCGCCCGGGUUGUUGGUCUGAUCAUCGUUCCUUUCCUGGUCUACCUCCUGUCCUUCGCCCUGCAUUUUGCAAUCCUGACCCGAAGCGGUCCUGGAGAUGCUCAGAUGAGCUCCCUCUUCCAGGCCAACCUUGAGGGUAGUGAGAUUGGCCGCAACUCUCCGCUCGAGGUGGCCAUUGGUUCCAAAGUCACAAUCAAGAACAUGGGAUACGGAGGCGGCUUGCUUCACAGUCACAUUCAGACUUAUCCUGAGGGCUCUAACCAGCAGCAAGUAACCUGCUACCACCACAAGGACGCCAACAACGAGUGGUGGUUCUACCCCAACCGCAGCGAGCCCGACUUCAACCCCGAAGAAGAGCCCAGAUUUAUUGGACACGGCGAUAUUAUCCGAUUGAUCCACACUCAGACAGGACGUAACCUUCACUCCCAUGACAUUGCUGCCCCCGUCACCAAGGGCCACAAGGAAGUCUCGAGUUAUGGGAAUCUUACCGUUGGUGAUGACAAGGAUCACUGGCAAAUUGAGGUUGUCAAGGAUGUUGCUUCCCGUGAUAAGAGCAAGAUCAGGACUUUGACGACAGCUUUCCGCCUCAGACAUCCCGUCAUGGGAUGCUACCUUCGUGCUGGAAACGUCAACCUGCCUCAGUGGGGUUUUAAGCAGAUCGAAGUCACAUGUGACAAGUCCAACAACCCCCGCGACACCUUCACCCACUGGAACAUUGAGGCUCAUACCAACGAGAAGUUGCCUCCUGGUGACCCUGGCAAGUAUAAGUCGCCAUUCUUCCACGACUUCAUCCACUUGAACGUCGCUAUGAUGACGUCCAACAACGCUCUCGUUCCCGAUCCCGACAAGCAGGACGACCUUGCUUCCCAAUGGUGGCAAUGGCCCAUUUUGAAUGUCGGUCUUCGCAUGUGUGGAUGGGACGACAAGACGGUCAAGUACUUCCUCCUUGGCAACCCUUUCGUCUACUGGGCCUCGACCGCUUCCCUAGGUGUUAUCGGUUUGAUCACUGGGUGGUAUGUUCUGCGAUGGCAGCGUGGCUUCCAGGAUCUCUCACAUGAUGAGAUGGACCAUGUCCACUACUCAGCGCUGUACCCUAUCCUGGGAUGGGCACUUCACUAUCUUCCCUCUGUUUUCAUGGCGCGUGUUACCUACGUCCACCACUACUAUCCCGCCCUCUAUUUCGCCAUCCUCAGUCUGGGUUUCCUGGUCGACUGGACUGUGCGGAACCAGAAGAAGGCCGUGCAGUACGGUGUGUACGCCACGUUAUACACCGUUAUCAUCGGCCUGUACAUCUACUUCAUGCCGAUCUGUUGGGGUAUGACAGGACCCAACCAGCAGUACAGCUACAUGAAGUGGUUCUCGACGUGGCGAGUCUCAGAUUAG